CCCAAGCAAACCCCGACAACACAAGCAGAGCACAAGUGAGACAGUCCUUCAAACCCUCACACAAGAACUAGCUCUCACACCUCCGGAGUUCUUUUCCCUUCCUUCCGGCGAGAUGGCGCCUCCCCAGCUGGCCGGCAAGAUGACCGCCAAGGCUGCCGCGGCGGCGGCGGCGAAGCCCGCGACGAGGGCGUACGUGACGUUCCUGGCGGGCGACGGUGACUACUGGAAGGGCGUGGUCGGGCUAGCCAAGGGCCUGCGCAAGGUGGGCUCGGCCUACCCGCUGGUGGUCGCCGUGUUGCCCGACGUGCCGGAGUCCCACCGCCGCAUCCUCAUCUCCCAGGGCUGCAUCGUCCGGGAGAUCGAGCCCGUGUACCCGCCGGAGAACCAGACGCAGUUCGCCAUGGCCUACUACGUCAUCAACUACUCCAAGCUCCGCAUCUGGGAGUUCGUGGAGUACGAGAGGAUGGUUUACCUCGACGCCGACAUCCAGGUGUUCGAGAACAUCGACGAGCUGUUCGAUCUGCCCAAGGGCCGCUUCUACGCGGUGAUGGACUGCUUCUGCGAGAGGACGUGGAGCCACACCCCGCAGUACAAGAUCGGCUACUGCCAGCAGUGCCCCGACAAGGUGGCGUGGCCUACCGCCGAGCUCGGCCCGCCGCCGGCGCUCUACUUCAACGCCGGAAUGUUCGUGCACGAGCCGAGCAUGGCCACCGCCAAGGCCCUGCUCGACACUCUGCGCGUCACCACGCCCACGCCCUUCGCAGAACAGGAUUUCCUCAACAUGUUCUUCAGGGAGCAGUACAAGCCAAUCCCGCUGAUCUACAACCUUGUCCUGGCCAUGCUCUGGAGGCAUCCGGAGAACGUCCAGCUCAAGAAGGUCAAGGUCGUGCACUACUGCGCAGCGGGAUCGAAGCCAUGGAGGUACACGGGCAAGGAGGAGAACAUGGACAGGGAGGACAUCAAGAUGCUGGUCAAGAAGUGGUGGGACAUCUACAACGACGAGACCCUCGACUUCAGGGGCCUCCCGCCCGUCGCGGCGGCCGACACCGACGAGGUCGAGGUGGCGGCCAAGAAGCCGCUGCGCGCCGCGCUGGCGGAGGCCGGCACCGUCAAGUACGUCACGGCGCCGUCGGCCGCGUGAUCGUACGGCCCCUACCGCUCCCCUCCGGCGUUGUGUCUCUGCAUCCCGUAAUUUGGUAUUUUUAGGUUUUCCAAUUUGGGAUCUGUAUUAUUUAUAUGUUACUAGUACGCUUUGAAAUGUAACAGAGCUUGUUCAGAAUACGUAUGGCAUGCUAUAGAUUUGUGAAUAUUUGUCUUUUUUUUAGUCGACAACCAGUUUGAAUUACUCCUGCCUGUACUUUGGUGAAAUUAAUAUAGAAAAUUGGAAGGAAAAAAAAUCGGCCAUCCUUUCGAUCUCUGCUUCUCUGUCA